AUUUCCAUGUCACUUUGACAAAAUCAUUCAUUCAACCUAAUUUCUUUCUUGGAAUCGGAUUCCAUUUUCCACAUCAUUUAAUCGAAUAUGCAUCAGCUGAGCGGCAAAUACGUUAAUGUGGUACUAUCGGUGGAAUGCGGUAGAGGAAUGGAUUUCCUGAAGAACAGUGUACAUAUCACUGGAUCCUUCAAUAACAGAAUAUUGGAAUCUGACAGAAUACCUGCAGAAGACUGUCCACCGUUCAACACGGAACUGGUAUGGGAAAUAGAAAAGAAAGAACUGCGCAAAAUAAGAAGUGCAAACAUUCCACUCAGAGUGGAAUGCAUCACAAUUGAUUUACAUAACAGGAGAGAAAGAGUAGGUUUCACCCUGCUGAGUCUCAGGAGCGCACAUAUAAUAUCUCAGAAGAAUAUGAACCAGGAAGUUAAAUCACAAUGGCACAAGUUGAUAGGAUGUCAAAGCGACAAGAAGAGGAGACAUCCAGAGCUUUAUAUCUCACUUACACUGCAGGAUCACUCGUUGAACGAACUUGGAGCUACUAAAUCAAAUGAAGGUAUUCCUUAUAUUUCAGAAGAGGUAAAUACAAUUGAAGAAACUACUAGCUCUGAAUUUCCUAUAAAGUAUUUCGAGGAUGGACACAUCCAGAUUGGAGAAGCAGGAACUGGUCAAUCGAGUUUCACCUUCAACCUCUUCGUCAAAAAAGUAGUCAACUUAGACGCACUUCUUCCAGAAGUACUAGUAUUUAAGAAAACUGAUCAGAAUUAUUACCUGGCUUUCAAGAUUUUUGGCAUCAGCAUCAAAACCAAACCGUUCAGCAGAGAGUUACAUAAUGAUAUAACCCUAAACGAAAAAAUAGUGAUCAACUUGUUGUCUAGUGAAGAGAUGUUGAGAUGUUAUUUCGAUACACAAAGUACAAGCAUUAUAUUCUGUCGUGGCGAUGAUAUACUAGGCGUCACAAGCGUUGAAGUUGAAGAUAUAUUUUCUGUGACUGAAAGCAGGAGUUUUUUCAAAUUCCCCUCUGCGAAUGGCAUCGUCCCAUUUGAAAGUUCAGAUAAGUCACCGUGUAUAGAACUAGAGCAUUGGAUUGAAGAUAAUGUUGAAUGCGAAGAAACUGAAGAUGAUAUUCAAGAGAGAUCUAAAACUAGAACGAUUUUUUCGAGCAUUACCCAAAGACCCACGAAACAUGUGCAGAGUGAUCAAAUCAUUGAAGACACACCAAGAGAAGGUGCUGAUGACAUGUAUGAAGAAGAACUCGUUCUGUGUGAGAAACCAGAAACCGCUGUUACGAAAUCCAUUGAAACUUUCAUAAAAAGUGACACUUUAUCACCUAGAUUACCAGAAGCUUUGAAUCCAUACCAAAGAUUCACUUUUGAAAUCACUUUGACUCACAUAGUUUGGAAAAUUCCACAGGAGAAUACGAAAAUUUCGUUCAAAUUCUUGCAUCCAAGAGCAGCUAGCUGUACUACAAUCCUUACAGAAAUCAGCAACACUGCAGGAAAGAAGAUAACUUUGAAUAAUCUCAAUGUAAAAGUGAGUUAUUUGUCAACUCCUGAUAAAAUAGAGAAACAACUCAAAUACUGGAAACCACGGCUGAUACUUACAGAUGAUAAGGAAAUUUCCCUUUGUAAUGACCAUAACUUGGAUGUGGAUUGUUUGGAGGAACGUAGUAAAGGAUACGAAAUCACUUUGACCAGAUAUCAAAACACAGAUCCUAUUGCAAAAGUUGGUGUUAGUGUUGCAUUGAAAAUGAUCGAUGUAAGCGAAUCAGAUGAUUACGAACAUUUGCAUCUGUUACCAAUCAUUGUAGACGAGAUUAUAAUGAUCAAAGAGAUCCGGGACUUGGAAAAAUGGAAACAAAAUGAGAAGGACCGAUUCGAAAAUGAACUGGAUUAUGUCAAAACAACCGAACUGGAGAGACUUGAAAAAGAUUUCCGGGACAGGAAAAAUAAGCUUGAAGAACAGGUUGCUAUGACUGUCAACAAAUGCAAGAAGCUUCAGGAUGAAUUAAUGAACAAAAUGAAUUCCAUGAAGGUUGAUAAAGCGAUAAGGCGGAACCGGAACCAUACCCAGAUUUAUGAAGACGUUUUCAAGGAAAAUUGGGACACUUUUUCAGAGGAUAAUACCAGAGAAGUGAUCGAACUUUUGAGUAGAGCUCAGAGAGACAACCAAUUGCUGAAAGAAAUGUGCGAGGAACAAAGACAGAAGCUGACACAAUUCGAGAAGACUUCUCUGACGAAAACUCAGACAACGAAUAUUUUGCAAGAGCUGGCACUUUUAGAGCACAAAUUCGAAGAAGCUCAGACCGCCAAAAGUUACUUCAAAGAGCAAUGGAAGAGAGCUUGCGAGGAAAUUCAUGUAUUGAAGACUGAAGAUAUAAAAAACAUGCAAAUUCAGAUCAAAGAAAGUAAGGAAAAACUCAGUCAACUGAGCUUGGACGCGUAUUGUGAACAUCAAAAUCAGAAUUACGACGAUGAAAAUGAGGGAGAUAACUAUUUUCACUAUUAA